UUUGUUUUUAAAUAGGCGCAUUCAUUCAAUUAGAAUUUGUGAUUUCUUGCAAAUACGAAAAACACUCAACUAACAGAAAACUGCGCGCCCCGUAAUAAUCAACUGCUCUUGUUUUCCUAGUUUUACUUCUAUGUUAGUCUAUUAAUUAAAAAUAAAUUUAACCCAAAUCUUCAACAAACAAACUCCUAGUCCAAGUUAAAUCCUUCAACUAUGUAAAUCUAUUUCCAUCCGAAUACCUGCCGCAGUUUUAUUUGUCUAAAAACUUUGCAAAAAAAUAGUUUUGUAUUUGUUUUUUUAUUUUUUCAUUGUAUUUAUUUUGUAAUCAAAUAAAUUGCUCUAAAGAAUUAAGUGAAUUAAAGAGCCAAUUAAGGCGAUAAAUUGGCAUCAUGACAAACCGAGCGAACUACAAGGACAUCCACGAUUUGCUGGAGAAACUUUGCAAAAAUAUGUGCCCCAACAAUCACAGGCAUUUGUUGGGAAAUGUAACACAAUACAUAUCGAAUUGUCCGACGGCUUUGGGCGGUUCAUUACCAUACAAUGAGACUUCGGUGGUUUCGAAGAUUUCAAGCCAUUUAACAAAUACCAGUGGUUCACAGAGCAGUGCGACUUUGUUCUUGAAUCUUUAUGAACAAUUAAAAACCAGUCAAACUGAACAAAGACAAAGAACAGCAUUAUUAACUUUUUUGUACUUUAUGGCCGAUUCGCAAAAUAAUAUGUUGUCUUUGUCAAUUAAUGGUUUCAAUAAUACGGGCACUAAUAAUCAGGAUAGCAACGGAGCGGGAGUUAGUUCGGCUUUGAACUCAAUUCGAUCAAGUAUGAUGCAGAAGACUAAUCAUUUUAAUGCAGGUGUUACAAAGGGAAGGGGAGCUUUGAACACGUUUGUUAAUCAAAUGUCGUCGAUGCAAAGUCCUACAGUAGAUAACAGUCUCAAGAUCUCGAAUCUCCGAACCACACACAAUCACCAUUUAUUAUCAGACAGCAGUGAUACCGGGAGUAAAGAUGCACAUUUAAAUAAACAAGCCAUCCGUGAAGCACAAAAUGAUUUAAACGAUGAUAUUGUACAGAAUGUGAUUUACGCUUUUACUGGAAUACAGGGGAAAUAUCUCAAAAAGGAUGUGAUAUCAGGAGCAUUUAAAUUGGAUACAAAGGCUAGAAAACUGAAUGUGGUCCAAGCCGGGAUGCUUCUUCGGUUAUCUGAAUUAGGUUACUAUCAUGAUCAGGUGCAAUCUUAUACCGAUACAAAGAGUGGACUCUGUGCCUUAGGUUUAAUGGGGCAAGGUUUUAUUUCAGCUCUAAAAACGGAAUUAACAAAGUACUAUGGAAUGGUUGCCAUGUUGCAGGAACAGUUGAAUAAGCAGAGAAAAACAGAAAAACAAGAAUGGAUGACAGCACUGGCAUCGGUCGAGAAAGUAACACUAAUGAAGAUUCUCGUAUGGUCGGUUGAUCCGUUGCAGCGUUUACAAUGGCUUGCCAGAAUUGCUGAAGCUUGUCAGGAGAAAAAAGGGGGUGCAUUGGCUUCGAUUGUUCAUAGCUUCUUAAGCAACGGCGAUCCAAUGGUGAAGUCGGUUGUUAAAGAAAUGCUGCUUGCAAUUUGCGGUCCUUUGCAACAGAUGCUGUCUCGUUGGUUACUUGAGGGAGAAAUUUGCGAUCCACAUGGUGAAUUUUUCAUAGAAUGUUUGUCUGAAGUUAGCCAUGAUCGACUGUGGCAUGACAAGUACCGAGUGCGGACUUCGAUGCUGCCGGAUUUCAUUUCUACAGAUAUGGCCAAUAAAAUUCUCAUAACCGGAAAAAGUAUUAACUUUUUGCGUGAAAUUUGUGAAGACAAAGCUCCAGUCAAGGGACGAGAAGAAUUGAGGCAAUGUUUUGAACUAAAUGCCGAAAAUAUAUUCUCGAAAGUGGCUGAUACAAAACUGCAUUCUACAAUUGAUUCGGUGUAUUUAAAUACAUCGAAGAGGGUGCUGGACAUUGUAAUGGGACCACACAAGUUACUUGAGCAUCUACAAGCGAUGAGAAGGUAUUUGCUUCUGGGCCAAGGUGAUUUUAUUGGAAUUCUCAUGGAGAAUCUAAAAUCAGAAUUAGACAAACCUGCAAAAGAAUUAUAUUCUUAUGAUUUGUCAUCGAUUUUGGAUGCUGCCAUUAGAAACACAAAUGCCCAAUACGAUGAUCCGGAGAUUCUUAAUCAUUUAGAUGUGAGAUUAUUGCAUCCUUAUGAUGGAGACACUGGUUGGGAUAUACUGUCACUACAGUACACGGUUCGUGGGCCCUUGGCUACAAUGUUGGAUCCGUCGAUGGAGAAUUAUCAAAUUCUCUUCAAACCUCUAUGGCGAAUGAAACAUAUCGAGUUUUUACUCUCCUCCAAAAUUUGGAAAGAUCAAAUGUGCAAUGCUAAGCCUCUUCGCACAUUAAAAACUCAACUCAAUCCAAUAAUGUAUCGAUUGCAUUUAUUUACUUCAGAAAUGAUACAUUUUAUACACCAAAUGCAGUAUUAUAUACUUUUUGAAGUAAUCGAGUGUUCUUGGGCCGAAUUUCAAGAAAAAAUUCAACAAGCCAAAACCCUCGACGACAUACUUCAUGCCCAUGACGAAUUUCUUACGACCAUCAAAAGCGGUGCUUUCCUUGACACAAAAUCGGAAGCCUUGUCGUCUCUAAUGGAAGAAGUCUACCUUGGUAUAACCCGCCUAGAAAUUUGGCAAGAUAGAUUCUUUGAAAUUUGUUUUAAAGAGUUAAAAGCCGUAAAAGAUUUCGAAGACGCCAUCCGAGAAUCGGAAAAACUUGGAAAAUUCGGAGUAGAUGCUGAACAACAACUCCAGCGAGAUGAAGAUCAUAAAAUAUUUGAACAGAAUCUCAACAGCUGCCACAAGAAUCUCGAAAAAAUUGGAUUUGACUAUGAAGUGAUCGUUCGACAGUUUUUACUUGAGUUAAAUUCCAAUAAUGAUCACAACCUACAGUUGUUUGGCAUUCGUUUGGACUUUAAUGAGUACUACAAAAAACGAGAUCAACGCCUUAAUAAACCCCUCACAUUUGAAAGCAUGCGUGUGAGCAGCGUGUUUGGUAAGAGUCGCUACAGCAUCAACUGACCCCCGCCCCCAGCAAACGAAUUGAUGUAUUAUUUUAGUCAGAAUCACAGUGAGAUCACAAAAUGUCAUCGUGCCAUUUUUUGCCAUUACAAAGGCGAUAUUAGCACAAAGUGCCAUCUUCAGCCAUUGUUUGUGCCGAGCAGCAGGAAACUUCUGUAUGUUUCCUGCUGUGAAAUUCUCUAAAUUCCAUGGAUAAAAUCGAAUAUCUAAAUAAAAGUAUUUUUUUUCUCUCUUCUUGUAGCACUUAACUGUUAAUGCGUGUAUUGUUCUUACAAAAAAAAGAAACUAAAAUUAUCUUCAAAAGCUUAAGUUUAGUUAAAAAUAUUUCUUAAAUCAAGAUUAAAUUAAAUUAUUUGGUGAAAAUCACGCUAGAGCACUGUUAUAUUUUUAAACUCAAAACAAACAAAAAUUAACAAAAAGCAAAAGAACAAACAAAAUAAUAUUAAAUAAAACGCCCAUAUUUUAGAAUACCUUGAA